UUCAAAAAUGGAGCGUAAAAUAAACAGAAGAGAAAAAGAAAAGGAGCUGGAAGGGAAACACAACAGCUUGGAAGAUGCUGACCAAGGAAAGAACUGCAAAUCCACACUGAUGACCCUCAACGUUGGUGGAUAUUUAUACAUUACUCAAAAACAAACACUGACCAAGUACCCAGACACUUUCCUUGAAGGUAUAGUAAACGGAAAAAUCCUCUGCCCGUUUGAUGCUGAUGGUCAUUAUUUCAUAGACAGGGAUGGACUCCUCUUCAGGCAUGUCCUGAACUUCCUACGAAAUGGAGAACUUCUACUGCCGGAAGGGUUUCGAGAAAAUCAACUUCUUGCACAAGAAGCAGAAUUCUUUCAGCUCAAGGGACUGGCUGAGGAAGUGAAAUCCAGGUGGGAAAAAGAACAGCUAACACCCAGAGAGACUACUUUCUUGGAAAUAACAGAUAACCAUGAUCGCUCACAAGGACUGAGAAUUUUCUGUAAUGCUCCUGAUUUCAUAUCAAAAAUAAAAUCUCGCAUUGUUCUGGUGUCCAAAAGCAGGCUGGAUGGAUUUCCAGAGGAGUUUUCAAUAUCAUCAAAUAUCAUUCAAUUUAAAUACUUCAUAAAAUCUGAAAAUGGCACUCGACUUGUACUAAAGGAAGACAACACCUUUGUCUGUACCCUGGAAACUCUUAAGUUUGAAGCUAUAAUGAUGGCUUUAAAGUGUGGAUUUAGACUGCUGACCAGCCUGGAUUGUUCCAAAGGGUCAAUUGUUCACAGCGAUGCACUUCAUUUUAUCAAGUAAUUACCUGUGUCAUGAACAAAGGCAACAAGCAUGCAGCCAGCAAGCUUCGGAAAACCACGGCAUCAAAGGCAUCCCAAAUAACGUGUGCCCAGCCAGCUCUGUACUCAGAGCCCUGCUGCUAAUCAAUUACUGUGAGCUAACGGUAUGUAAAUUCUAUCGCUAAAGAUGUCCUUCUCAAGGGUGUUCCUGCUGAUAGACUCUUACACUUAAAACACAAACAAGUGAUUUCUAUAUAUUAUAAAUAAAGACUGAAUGCUUUUGCUAUUUGUUUAUUUCUCCUUAAGCUGUCUUUCAAUCAGAAUGUCUUGGGUACUUGCACAAUGAACAAGCAUGUACAUUAUUUAUCAUUCAUUUAAGUAAAUGGUAAUACAAUAUUUUAAGGGGCUGUAAGAUUUAAAAUCAAACCUACAAAGAAACUGAAGUGGUAAAAUUAAGCAUUGAGAGCAAAAGAGAUGUGCAGAUGUGCUAAAACCGAGCUAUAGUGAAACCAAAUGUAACUGUAAGAAGGUAUUAAAGCUAUUAUUGACUUAAUUUUACGGCAGGCACCAAAAGCUUAUUCAUAGUUCCUGUAUUUCAUACUAUAAUUAUAGCUGAAUUGACAUAUUGCUGAACAUUCCUAGAAAACUGCUUGAUGACAAUAAAAAAUAAAAGCACUAUUAGCUUC